GCAGAGAUGUUCACAGUUUACACUGGAGGAGGAAAAUCUUUAGAUUCCCCGGGCUAUACCACAAUAUUCCCAGGUCACGUAACAGAAAAAACACGUUACGCUUUUUCUGUAGUUCUGUUCUGUAAUAUAUAGAUUAUGUUGCCAAUGUUCAUUCACAAUGGAAAAAGGAUUGAAAUGAUAUUGCAAAUGGCAGCUGUAAGCCCUUUAUGAAACAAUUCCAUUUGCAGCGUGGAGGUUACAGGCUUAGUACAGCUUGCAGUGAGCAGGUGUACGCUAUGCCGUGGUCAGCAUGCUCCAGCAAAGGGAGGGCUGCCCUUGGCAGUUCAAAAAGCUGCUAUGGUUUUAUGUAACCAACCCAAAGAAGACAGGAAGCCCUCACUUUUACCUGCCAUCCCUGGUUUAUUGUACCUGCUGAGGGUACCUAGGGUUGGAGGGAGAGGUUAGGUAAACACUUCAGUGCCUUGGUCUCCUAAGUCCCAGCCCUGGGCUAUCAGCUUUUACAGCUCCUGUUCCAGAACACCAGCAAUUCGUACUUGAAAACCUUCUUGAUCUCAAAGGUCCAAAACGCACCAUUUUUUUUCUGACAAGGUAUUUUACAAACAGUUUCUUGGUGCAAGAAGUUGGUUGAAAAGGCUUAUCUUUUCCUAAAGACAGUGCAGCAAACCCCUGAGGCAACAAGUGUGCUGUACAGCUUGCAACGACGAAGCAUAUAUGCAUAAGAGAUUAAUUGAUACUGCUUUUUGUGGAAGAAUUCUAUUCUGCAACAGUGGAACUGCCAGUGUGCACAGUACCUUCUUGUGCUGGUUGUCACACUGUAAUAAAGAUAAAGGAAGGAAAGAAAUGCAGGGAAAAAAGUAAUGGGAGAAGAUUAACUUCUGUGAGAAAAUCUGUUCUAUUCUCAUCUGCUGAAAACAUUGAAAGUUGGUUGCUACUGCAGUUAACAAAGGUGUAAUCAAUGUGCUCCUGCCCCCACUGAUUAUAAAUCAUCACAUCAGCAUUUGUAAAAGCAUGCGGUAAUAUAAAUGUUCAUGCAGGAAAAAGAACUAGACAAAAGCAAGGUUGCUCCAAUGACUUACAAAAGCUUCUCAUCUCCAGUUAAUUUGUGCCUUGUAACAACACUCAGUUUACCAGAAACAUACAGCAGAAACACUGACUUGUCAUUUAUCUGUGAUAUCUCGAGGAGUUACUUUCUGUCCUUACAUAAGGAGUGACCAUCAGGAGAAAAGGACGCAGUUUUAAUUUAGCAUAUGAAUGCCUCAGGACAGCACAGUGCACUGCAGAGCUGUAAUGUGAAGUUAGAACAAUACAUAAAUGAAAUAGAAAGCAAAAGAUCAACUCAAUUAACAGAUCAUUCCUGUUUUGUUCACAAAACUCUGUUAUUUUUCAGAGUGUUACAGCCACACCACGCUAAGUACUUCCCAACACUCUACUCUUAAACGUAAGAUCAUAGAACUGUUAUUUAGACAUUAUAAAGCAAAUGCUAACAUUGAAAGCAUGCCGUGGGACAGCUGUGUGUCAUCCCAAACCUGCAGCUCGCACAGAGCUGGGCUCAGGGCUACCAGGAGAGCUCAGGUAGAGAAAGUUCCACCGAAAGAGUUAACAGGUUUGCUGCCAAAAGAAAACAGGUUUGUUUCACAUCCUGCCUCUGUUGGAUGAAACAGCUGAAAACAGGAUAUAGGUAAAAAUCCCUGGUUUAAAGGCUCCCCUGAUUUAUAGCUGGUACGGAACAAAGGAUUGCACUACGCAUCCGCAAGUCAAUAUUUCAAUUAAUAUUUCAAAUGAAAAAUAGACAAUCUUUUCAAAAAGUCUUUUUCGUUUGGUCAGGUUACCUUUCUACAGGAGUACAGGCUCCCAUCAGGCUAGCUAAUGCUUCAUAACUACCAAAAAAGGGGAGGUUCACAGAACAGAGGUAACCGAUUGUUUCUAGCGGCUGAGCUGGCUGCAAGGAAUCUCCAUGGUUGUCGUGUGUUCAUCACUUCGGUUUUGACUCAGGUUCUAGAAGUUUAAUUCAGAGGUUCAUAUGUUAGUGCCAAGAAGAAAAUGGGAUUCCUCUGCCUGUGAGAAAUGCAUUGAAAACACUGAGAAUGAAAAUGUUGCUGUGCAUUUUUUAAAAAACAAAUGUCUUUCUUCUUGCUGUCUUUGGGGCUUUACGGAUCAAAAAUGCCACCCAGUGUAGCCCUUCAACUUUAGACCAAAGCAGAGAGGGACUAUUUGUGUAAACUGGAGGCUCGCUAGGACAGAGAGAUGGCCAACUCACAGUCAGUAAGGAGAAAGUUGUGGGCAGGUAGACGGGCACUCUGGCAGACUUCUCCAGACAAGGACAGCUGAGCCGUUCCAUACAAGAUUAGGAGCUACGUGUGAAAGAGUUAUCAAGCAGCCUGUGUGAAAGGGUGGAGAGUUCAUCCUGAGAAAUGGCUGACUAUUCAGAAGGAAGACAGGUGUUGGUACACACUGCAGAAAUUGUAGACACUGUUCCAAAGGAUCAAUGGAAGAGAAGAAGUAUUCUCCUGCUCCAACACUGCUACCUGAAAUGCCAGGAGUUACUGAGCACCACCACAGCCACAGGCAGGCCAAAAGCAGGAACCUUUUAAAUUCUUUAUUCUUGUUUCAAAAUACAGAAAGGCCACUGCUCCUGUCCCAGUCUAGCUGUCACCAAAACCUUCCUGUUCCUGUGUGAUUUUGCAACCAUACUGUGUCAGAACCCAAGGAGAAAAAGCCCUCUGGUUUUGUACCAUGCUAUUUUACAGAGCCCACUAUCAGCCUUCACAAAUCAGCAGCACUCCAUCCAGCUCUGCCCCCGCUGCACGCACCCCCUGCCGUGCUCCCUGCACCCUCCUCUGCUCCCAUACCCAGCCACACCAUCCGGCACCACCUCCUGACUCCUCGUGACACUCACAGGGUGCAAAGUAGGUUAUCUACAGCACACACAGACCCCUGUCCUUAUUCUGUGGGACAGUAUAAAGGGAGAUCCCACUUCCACGGUAUGCCUGGUAGAUAGAGCCAAAUUCCUUCUGUCUUUGUCCACAUUUCUGAGUAAUGCCUUGGCAGGAGCAGUCUUUCCCCUUCCUUUUAUGAUGGUAUCUGUUCUGAAUUUGUGUUCUGAAAAUCCUCUCUAGGAGUGCAAAGUGUACCUUAAAGCAUGCUGCUUGAGGAGACUAAGAGCCUAACGCUGCUGUCGUGCAAAUGACAGGAAAUCCUGCCAUUGAUGGGAAACGUUCCUGCGCUGAGUUCCUCUUUAUAGCCAGAGCCUCCACAGGCACAGUCCUAGGGCAGCUUCCCCCUUCCCUUUGGAGGACCUCAAGUUCUGCACCUGAAUUUAGAGAUUUGCAGUAUCUUACUGGAUUUUAUUGUCACUGUCUUUCAGAUAAGUAAGAAAUGUCCGAAUGAGAACUAGUUUGGUUUUGUUAGGGCUAUGCCAACCAAUCCAUACUAUUAAUAAGGUAUUGGAUUUUUUUUCACCACCUUAUUUAUGAAUCCACAUCAAAAUAGUACAUGGUGCCUGUUUAUUCAGUUCUGUCAGUGCUUUCAUUAAAACAAACAAAUAUUGCUACACUAUGCAUAUUGUAGUAUAAUCUAAAUUACCAGUGCGCUCCAACUAAAAAACAUAUCCAAGUGGAGAUUGAGAACUGAGGCAGAAAGCAGAGGGUAGGCUCCUUUUAGAAGGACAACGCUGGGAGCAAACGGACUUGCUUUGCACAUCAGGUUUCCAGUGCCAGCAGCAGCACUGGUAAGUUUAGGAUUAGUAUAGUUACAUCAUCCAGUAACUGCACUUGGAGAUGAUUCAAGAUUCUAACAGGAAGAAAGCGGUACGCUUGUCUUUGGAAUACAUUGCACCAUUUUCCUUCUGUGAAAUAGAGAGCUUUAUUACCUGCCUUAUAUGGAUUGAUCUUCAGCUCCAUUUAAUGAACAUUCCAAUAAACAGCUACUAACUCAGGAGAGAAAAAUUUCCACCUCAGCAUAGGAAAUACCUCCACUGAACUUCGGAUUCAGGCCGCAGAGCCACAAAGUGCAGUUCUGCUGGGAAUGGGAGCUUCCCAUGCAGCCAGGCUGCCCAGCACCAGCAUUCCAGGUGUUCCCAUGCCAAGCCCCAGCAGGGCCGCAGUGCCAGGAGCGCUGCCACCAUCUGUGAGCAGAACUCUCGCUGGGUCACCCUGAUGAAAGCCCUGAUAGCUCUCACUUUUAUCACUUCCACAGAGACUGACACAAUGUGUAAACAACAGCAGUGCCAGCACCUACCAUUGUAGCUUGGUUCAAGUGGCGAAACUGCAUCAAGUCACUGUCAUUUCCAGAUGGAAACGAAACCCAACAGAGAGCAGUCUACCUCUAAAAAAUGUCAUAAAACAUAGGACAGCUUUCCUUAAUUUUUUCAACUUCCCUACAUCCGAGGAAUGAAUUUCCUAGCUUUGCUUUUUCAGCACUGUAAGCUGGAAAUUUGCUUCCCUAGUUUCAUUUUGAUUUGAAGCUGAGAUUUCCUUGACUCUCAGAGCUAAACUGUAAGUAAAAACAUUGAAAGGCUCAUUGUAAAUUCAUAAGAGCAGCAAUAAUAUCAUUUGUAUCAUCUCACAACACAUGGGGAUUUUAACAAUGGAAAUGUUCCAGGAAAAGACUGUAACUAUAGGGGUUGGCAGAAAAGGUCUUGAAGUUAAUUAAGCCUGGUCUGGAAGUCUAGUUGAAUAAGGGCAGGAAAUAGAGAAGAAUGAACUGACAUUUGAAUUAGACAUUUAAAAAGGGGGAAAAACACUGAAUACUAAUAACCAAACAAAACAGAUCCAGACACACCCUGUUGUUUUAGCCUUUUGCCCAGCCAGAAAAAAGAGAGAUUUAUGUGUAUGUGCUUUCUUUAUCUGCCACGAAAUUAAUUUUCAGAAGAAAUAUCAACGCAUCACGUUACUGGGUAGAAUAAUCUGGUCAAAGGAAUUGGCACACACAUACAGCUAACAUGUUUUCUCUGCUUCAGAUUACUGCUAGCAUGAUAAAUAUCAGUUAACAGUGACCUGCCCGUGAUGCUCAUGUUAGAGAUAGAUACUUCUGCUCCUGAGCUUUUGUUGAGAAAGAUGUAAAGAACAAAAUCUUAUCUUCUGCAAACACAGCUAUAUUGUACUUUGAAUAUAUAUAUAUAUUUGUUGUUGUUGCUGUUGUUGCAUGCAGUGCCUCAAACGAUGGGGACUUUUCCUUAAUCAAACCAGCUCAGUCAGAGCUCUGUGCCAGGAAGCCUCUCUGAUACGACAGCUUUAUGUGGAAACAAACGGGAAGGAGAAAAGCUCUAUAUUAUUCUCAGAGUCAUCUUAUUUUGUUCUAGCUUGGACAAACUCCUAAACACUCAGUGACAUAUCCAGCUAAUCUCUGUGUACAGCUGAGCUGACCAGGGGCGGAAUCAAAGCAGAUUGAUUCUGAAAUGUGCACACAAUUUAUUGUAGAAAACAAAGCCUCUGGUUGGAGAUGCUUGAGGAAUCUUUUUAGCAAUCACAAACACCUCCAACACAUCAGAACUGUUCUAUCUCUGCAAGGGGAUGAGCCUAAUAAUUAUUGAAGGAUUCUCCCCCUUCACACUCAAGGAGGAUUUGCCCCCUUCACACCCAAGCCCCACUCCCCAAAAUCAGGCAAUGCAGUCUAAGGGAGCUGCUGCCAACACCCACAUUUCCACCUCUCCUACCGGAGCAGCUUGGGGUACACAAUCAUUAACUGGCUGAAAGAAAGCAAGGAGAAACAUCCACAGACGCUUCAGGUAGUGUCAACAAGACGGAUGGAGACUCAGUCCUCCUGCGGCAUGAGUGAGACCCUUCUCAGAGACAAGUACACCAAACAGCAAGAUCAUCGCUGAAACUGCAUACUUUUUGGAUGUGUGGAAGAGAACAGAUUAUUUGCCUGUCCAUAAUGCUGGUACUUCAUCACCAUUUUCAGCAUUUGUCCUAAUCAGUAAUUAUCUGGAUGGGAAAUGUUUUCCUCUUAACUUUCUAUUUUGGACAGAUAAUUCAUAGGGGAAAAAAUGCUUGCUCUUCCAAGCUCUGCACACAGGGUUUAUUCCACUCAUCUUAUUAGCUCAUUUCAGAACAGAAGGGCUGUGUUUAAAGCAAAGUAAAACCCUCAAAAUAGCUCAGAUUUCAACAGCAUUCGUCCAAGAACAAAUUUUCUGUCAUUUAAUUGUUAGUUUCACUGCAGCAACAUCUGGGUAGCAAAAAAAUAAGAUCACUCAUAGAUCCUACAAGCUUGCUGGUUUAAGGAAAUUGAGCCCUGUAAAUGAACAAAGCACAGAGAUCUAUGUGACGUGUGGCAUGAUUAUAUGAGGUGGUCAUAUUCUGUACCAAACAUGCAAACUCCACUUAGAAGCUUGAACAUGCUCACUAAAUCCAGAAUACUUCUUCUCUUUAGGUGUUAUUUGACCCUCAUAGCUGUGAUUCCAAGGCUCAGGAGCUGUAUGGAGAUAUAGGAAAGUUGCUUAUGGCCUUAAACUCAAUGUUGUCCAUGUUGUCAACAUCUAAGAGAAAGCCAAUAUCUUCUGUUUAUGAUACUAUAUUUACUUGUUAUAGAAGUGUCAUAAAUUGGUUUAAUAAUUUCCUUAUGAAUCGCAAACAAGCCUCAAAAGAUUACUGCACUUACUCCACUUACUGCAUAUUUAAAACACUUUAAAUCAAUUUGGGGUCACUUUAGUGAAAGCAUCUGUAGUAAAGCAUUAUAUGACUACAGUACCAUGCCCACCAUAAGAACUCUUCAGCAGCACCAAACAGAAGCAUUUCAGUGAUUCAAGUACCAUCUCAGUUUCAAAUGUUCAGUUCUCAAGUCUCUCUACAGCCUCCGUGAUGACAAAUAACAUUAUUGUGAAAAAUGAAUAGAGACACUGAUUCUGCACCUGGCAUGAUGCAUGAUCUGCAUGCUGACAGUGUGAAAUGAGGAAGAUUCUUAAAACUCACCUAAUGAUUCAGUGUGGUGUAACAGACUUUUAUGAGUAUUUGUCUCCUGAGAGAGGUGAAGGCCAACAUUUUCACUAAGGCUGCUGGAUUACUGUCUGGACAUACCUGGAUGCAUUUAUAAAAGGAAAACAGUCAUCCAUUAAAGCAACAAUUACACUGCAAAAGCAAUCUGGAUAGAAUAGCAGAAACCAGGCAGUGUCCAUUUUGCUCAUUUUAAUGCUAUCAAAGUAUCGUUUUGCGUCCAUCACAAAUGUCAUCCUCGCCACAGCAAACAAUCUUUGCAUGAAUAAUGCACCACUGUCACGUCAACAACAGUAACGACUCAAGAACUAUUUAUUUACUCCAAAAAUAAUGCUUCCUCAAAGUCCAUGAAGAGACCAGCCCACAAAUUAAAGCAUGUAUUUAAUUUGCUUCUCAAUUAUCAGAUUUGCAAGUAAGAAACUCAGAUAAAAACCGUAUUACCACAGAUCAACGGAAAGAUGUUUUACUUCAAGAUUGGAACAGGAAUCACAGCAUGUGCACAUGUAUCACAGAAGUAGUCCUUGGUUUGAUAACUUUACUAUUUAAGGCUUCUGACAUACCACAUUUAAAAAAAAAUAACCUACCCCUGGCCAAUGUGAAACUUGCAAAAUUUCAUAUAUACUGCACAGGUAUACAGAAAUACCAUCCUAUGUUUUAUUAGAUCAUGUACAGCAUUCAUUUCCACAAGCAGAAACGUUUCAGAUCCCUGGAGGUAUCUAAAAUGACACUAUCCACAAAGAACACAGAACAACCAGGCACAAAGCAAGGUCUGUUGUGAUAAGACACGGGGAAAUCAUUUUAUAUAAAACAGGGGAGAUUUAGAUCAGAUAUAAGAAAAACGCUUUUUUGUGAUAAGAGUAGUAACUGUCACAGGCUGCCCAGAGGUGGUGGAAGCCCUAUCCCCAAAGACAUUCAAGGUCGGACUGGACUGGGCUCCGAGCACCCGAUGGAGCUGUAGGUGUCCCUGUACAUUGCAAGGGAGUUGGACUAGAUGGCCUUUAAGGCUCCCUUCCAACAUAAAUGAUUCUAUCAUUCUGUGAUCUCUUCCACUGUUCCAGAAAAGGGUACUGUUUGAGGUUUUCCAGAAGUCAAAAUCAGAGCUGAUUCACAGUGUGUGUGGAAUGCAGAUGGAUAAAGCAAGAUCUAAGCCAAACAAGUGUCUGUCUGUGAAUAGGAAAUCAAGUCCAAAGCUACACUAGCAACACACAGUCAAUAGCUUUGCAACUAAUCCAUUCUUUGUCAGGUGGGAGUAAUACAAGAAUGUAGACAGCGCUCUCCAAACCGCAAAUACGUUUUUGUAUGUUUUUCAAAAACAUGCUAGAAACUGAGAGAAAUGAACAGAAGUUAAAUGCCUUCCUGCUUUUGUGGGCCCUGGUGCCUGAGCAUCCCAUGGGCUUGACUCUGAGCUCUCUCAAAAAAAUCUCUAUCUGAGAAGGAUUUCUGUGAUUGUGAUUCUGUCUUGCUAACAGGCUGCAUAUGUUACAAUUGUGCUGAUAGUUACCAGGAUCCCUGUAACAGGUAGUUCUGUAAAGAACACUACUGGAGUUAAAGUAGUACCUCCAACAAAAUCGUUUCUUUUGUCCUGGAGGUUAUGCCUGUAUAUAAGGGGUCAGAUUCAAAGCAGUGCAAGCAAUUUUUGAAGCUCCCAUCCUACAGCUUUGGGAUUUCAAGUAAAAAGGAUAAAAAAAAAAACAACAAAUCAACCUUCUCUGGACUUUAGAAACAGCAUGAAUUAUGGCGCAAGUAUCUCACGGAGAUAACUUAUUGUAAAGAUUCCCUUAAGAUUUGCUGUUCUUUGUUGAUACUGAAGACAAAAAGCACUUAACCUCAGUGUCUGCUAUCACUUGUUUGUCCACAGUGGCAUAAUUCCUCCCUCGUUACAGUCAAGAGCCACUUGCAAAACCAAAUGAGUUGUGACCCUACUCAGCAGCAGGCCGCUACCCCUUCAGUACAGCUGCUGGGCAGCGACCGGCUGCCAGAGACAGACAUGAACUCUUCCAAAAGACUCUUCUGUGCCUAAAGAAAAGCCCAGUCAAGACAGACGAGCACGGAACACAGUGCUUCCUGCCUGCUAUAAUGGGUGACUGCAUCCAUAACACUGUACUGUUGUUCACAGAUCACAAGCAAAGCCUCCUGUAGGCUACUCUUCUCCCACUCUUGCUCACAGUCUUGGUUUUGUUAAUCUACCUAGCUAACAUUAUCAGGCACAUCACUGAUGUAAAAGAGACUCCAGUGAAGUCAGGAGAAUUUACAGAUGCAAGAUCAGAUGCACAGCUGACACAUCUUGCUUCACUUUCAGGUUUGUGAUGAGGUGACUACUAGCAUACAAAAUGCAGAUCUAUAUACUCAACAAAGGAGAUUAUUGUGACCUCUUAUAACUUUCUUCUGCACACAUUUCUCUGAACUUUACAGGAAAUGCCCUCUUCAACCAUGCAUUUGAUAUUUGCAGUUCACAGCCUUCCUCAGUACUUCCCACAGCUCUUAAACCCCCAAGUCAGCAGGUCACUAGCUGAAAUGCAAGCAAAGCAAUCAGGAAGCUCUGGGAGGGCAUUAGUGUACGUUUCAUUAUUGCUUUUCACCAUCCUCAGUGCAUGGCUAUCCACUCAUCAGUGUGGAGGUGGCUUUGUUUCUUAAAAAAUAAAUAUGUAUUUUUUAAAGGCCAAUACUAGUGCUUGCCUCCCCCAUUUUUAUCUAGUUCUGUGCCAGAAACAAUAGAAAGAUCAGGAGCCCUGUCUUGCUGACUGCUAUCAGUCUGGUGUCCUUUGCUUCUUGCUGUCCAUUCAGGAGCAUUGUAUUGGGCGAUCUAAUCAAAAGAAAUGCAUCUUCAACAUACACACCAUAUUCAUGGUAUUUAUAGUCCCUUUUAACAAUAAUAAGCAACAAAUAAACAUUUUUUUUCAUUUCUGAAAGAGGUGUCUGUCCUGGCCGAGCACUUCAUCCAACCAUCAGAUGCAGCUGUAUCUUCUACCAUCUAACAGAGAAUUGUUUUUUAGGCUGAAGAGACAGGCAAAAAAUCAUUGAUAUAUUUUCCCCAGACUUACAGAAACUCAGAGCUGAAAUCAAAAACAACAUAGAGGAUCAAAAGGUUUUUUUUCUUCAGAAAAAACAUGAGGAGACAAACUGGGGGCCAAAAUCAGACACAGAACGAUCUCAGCUCCACUGAGGAGCUCCAGCUCUAAGAAGUGAGCUGCACCCCGUGCACACAGCAGUGCUCACACAGUACAGACUGAUGUGGGGUCUCUUUGCAGUUGCACAUUUGCUUAAAAUACUGCUGAAGCGGCUGUUCAUUCAAAGCUACUAUCACAAGUAUAAAAUGCCAUUUAAUAAUCAGCUUUCAGGCAGGCAUUUGCACUCCAGAUUGUUUAGUCAUCAAAGUGGCUAUUUACUUGAAGGUACUAUCAUGCAUAUAAAAAGUCAUUUUAUAAUCAGUUUUCAGGUAGGCAUUUGUGCUCCCGGCUGUUUAGUCAUCAGUGGAAGCCACUUCUCAGGUGUAUAAAGUCGACAUAAGGACAAUCAACACCAUAAUACUAGGCAGCCAGGCACCGGGCACAUUUAAAUCAGCUCAAUAAGCUGGAAACCAAAAAGCAGCACAAUGUUCUCAGGAAAGACCCAUUUUAGAAUGAAUUAUUGUACAUUGUUGAGAGUAUGUGACAAGACAGCUUUAAUCAGAAAUAAGAGAAACGCAGAGGAAUAAUUUACACAAAGAAAGAGCAACAAGAAGUGCUUGCUCCAAGUUAAAGUUGCACAACUUUGCAAUGUGUCACUGAAGGUCGAAGAUGUGGUUCCCAUUCUCGCUGCACUCACUGUGUGCCCCUAUCUCUUCUCACACUGUAAACUCACUGGAGCAAAGGAGGACUGCGUUUUUGCAAUUUAGAAGCCACUCAGAACAUGCAGUGCAGGCUCAGAAGAAGAUGAAGAAGCUUAUUCUGCUUUUCUCAUUGUUCUUGGCUCCAGCAUUCUCUUAUAAAGAAAAUCAGAAAAUAAACCAAAACUUUUCUUCAAACAAUACCAGUCAUAAACGACUUAAGAGAGACUGGAUAUGGAACCGAAUGCAUAUCAGAGAAGAGAUUGAUUCACCAUUACCACAUCACGUUGGCAAGCUCACAUCGAGUGUAGGGAACAAGAAUGCUAUGUAUAUUAUUGAAGGUGAAUCUGCCAACACCAUCUUUAAAGUGCAAGGGUACGAUGGCGACAUAUACGCUUUUGAGAGGCUGGACAGAGAAAAGAAAGCAGAGUAUGAGCUGACAGCACACAUUAUUGACAGAAGAAACAACCGAUCGCUGGAACCACCAUCUAAAUUUAUUAUCAAGGUUUCUGAUAUUAAUGACAAUGCUCCCAUUUUUGUACAAAAGAUAUUCAAUGGAUCUGUCCCAGAAAUGUCACGAUUAGGAACCUCAGUUACCAAAGUGACAGCUGAAGAUGCCGAUGACCCAACAGUUGCAGGUCAUGCCACAGUUACCUACCAAAUCAUUAAAGGAAAUGAAUAUUUCACAGUUGAUGACUCUGGUGUGAUUUCCACAGCAAGAGCUGAUUUGGACAGAGAGAGUCAAUCAGCAUAUGAAAUUAUUGUUAAAGCAAAAGAUGCUCUAGGGCUUACCGGGGAGUCAAGCACAGCUACAGUCAUUAUCAGGUUAACAGACAUCAAUGACAACUUCCCAGUAUUCAAACACCCAUCAUUUCACUUCAGAGUUCCUGAAAACAUUUCAGUAGGAGGAGAAGUUGGCCGAGUUAAAGUUGAAGAUAUUGAUGAACCACAACACAGAAAUACAAAAUACAGUUUUGUCAGAGGAGACUACAGGGACACCUUUGAAAUUAUAGCAAAUCCAUUCACCAAUGAAGGAAUCAUUAGACCAAAGAAGCCCCUGGACUUCGAGAAAGUAGCAGAGUACAGGUUUGACAUUGAAGCAACAGAUCACAACGUUAACCCUGCCUACUACAAACCUGGUGGCUCCAGGAGCAUUUCAACAAUUACCAUUGAAGUUACAGAUGUAGAUGAGCCUCCUGUCUUCACCAAACUAUCAUAUGAAUUCAAAGUACAGGAGAAUAAUCCUGAAAUAAAAACACUUGGCUCCGUUGGGGCACAUGACCCCGACGCAGCUAAACGGAAAAUCAGAUUUGCUCGACGAAGAGCUAGCCCUAAUGGAGACUAUGUUAGAGUAUCUGAUUCUGGAAUUAUUCAGCUUCCUAAGCCCCUAGAUAGAGAAUUCAGCUCCUUAUACAACAUCACUGUGGCAGCCCAGGAAAUCCUGGAGGAUGGCCGUCUUUCUGACAGAGAAUCACACGCACAAGUUCACGUCAUUGUCACUGACGAAAAUGAUAAUGCUCCAGAACUCGUUUAUCCUGAGGAACCCAGAGUGUGCGAAAAUGCUGCGCCGGGGAAGGUAAUCAUCAGGAUUUCAGCUACUGACAAGGAUGAAAUAUCACCUGGAGGUUUCUUCACAUACUCCCUAACCACAGAAGAUAGCAACUUCUCCUUGACUGAGAACCCCGAUAACACAGCUAAUAUCACUGUCAAGGAUGGACAGUUUAAUCGUGAACUUGCCAAAAUCCACUACCUGCCUGUCAUCAUCUCAGACAACGGCAAUCCUGAGCUCAGCAGCACAAACACACUUGUUAUCAGUGUCUGCAAGUGUAAUGAAAAAGGCGACUUCACUUUUUGUGAGGAAAGAGCUAAACAAGUUGGAGUUAGUGUACAAGCACUGGUGGCAAUUUUCAUCUGUAUCUUCACAAUCAUUGCAGUGAUUGCAUUGCUAAUUCUUCUAAGGAAGAGACACAAGAAGGAUCUGAGCGGUCUCAGGAGGAAUGUGGCAGAGAUCCACGAGCAGCUCGUCACUUACGAUGAAGAAGGUGGCGGUGAAAUGGACACCACCAGCUAUGAUGUGUCCGUGCUCAACUCCGUGCGCAAGAAUGGUAUAAAGCCAGAAGUGGUGCCUUCUGCAUAUGCACAGGUCCAAAAGCCUCCUGGAAAUACAACUUCUGGUGCUGGAGAAAUGGAAAUGAUGAUCGAGGUUAAGAAGGACGAAGCUGACAAUGACAGGGAUCUGCUGCCAUAUGACACGCUUCACAUUUAUGGCUACGAAGGGGCCGAGUCCAUUGCAGAAUCUCUCAGUUCUUUGGAAUCAGGCUCCUCAGACUCAGAUAUCGAUUAUGACUUCCUAAAUGACUGGGGACCCAGGUUUAAAAUGUUAGCUGAGCUGUAUGGAUCAGAAUCAAAUGAAGAUUUUGUGUAUUAAGUUCACAUUAGCCAUAAAUUUUCUUCCUUCCACUACAGAUAGGUAUCAAGAGCCUGCCAAUGGCCACGGAAAGAUUCACAGCUCUUCACCCAGGCAGUAGUAGGAUUUCAAACAGACACAAGAAAACCUGAUAGCAGUAGAGAUAAAACAAACCAUACAAAUAAAGUACUGGCUUCCCUGGCACUGCUCUUCUUGCCAAUGUUCUGUUCUUUCCUCAAAAUUGCUGCUUGGGGACCCAGAGUCUCCUAGGACAUGAUUCCUCUCCCUGUCUCGAUAGAUCCUUCUCCUUAUAAAGUGUUGUGGUAUUGUCUCUGGUUUGUCCUUCAUUCCUCUCAUCCUGUGCUGCUUUCAUCAGCAUGCGCUCAGGAUGACCCGCUGGAACACACAGGUUUGGUGGCAGUGGGAAAGAAUGUUUUUAUAACCUCCUGCAUCUCCAGCCUGCCUGGCCUGACAGUAACAUCUUUAUUGAUACUGCGCGCUUAUGCUUACCCAGCAGAGGAAAGAAGGAACAUAUGGUUUAUCACUUAAUAUUAGAAACAAUUCCAUCACUUUCAAAAAGAGGCAAGAUUUUUCCUUCUUUCCAAUCUACUAAUUAUUCUAGCUUGAUAGUCUUUGACUACAUACAUGAGUUACUGCAGAUAAAAUUAGACAGGAUUUUUAGAGGCAUAGUCUGGUUUCAUCUCUCAUUUUUAACAGCCUGAUGAUGAUUUCAGGCACCUUUCUGGAGUGCUACAAUUUCCUCUAGCUACCAGCAAAAUUGUUUUUCCUUUCUGUAAAUAGGACCUCAGUGUUACUCAAUGGAACAUAUCCUGCAGGGCAGGAAAUGUGGACAUGAAGGGAAUGUCAAGACUCCAGUACUGUAAAUCUUUCUGGAUAGCAGCAUAAGUCUCUCUGGAUCUCUAAAAAGGUUGAGUAAGUUUUUUAUUCAACAUUAUUAACGGAAAUGUAUUAUUUCAGGGACAAAGGACGGGCCUCAUUACUGUGAAACUGUUUUGAUUUUUUUCUAAGCAGGUACUGUAAAACGGGUAUUUUCCACCUAGGAAAAUAUUGUAGAGUUCCAAACCAGGAUACUACACACCUACACAUUUGUCUGCAUAAGAGAACCACAAAUGGAAGUAAGGUUUUGGAGCGGCAGCUGUUCUGUCCAUGGUAAGCACGUGUUCAGCUUCGUGCCUGAUGAAGAGCCGCACAGUGAGCAGAAUGAAAUUUCCCACACCUGACGUUACCCAGCCAAAGGCAUCGUGUUAGAAGUGGGUCUCUUAGGACAACGGCCUGUCUCUGCUUUCUGUCAAAGCAGAUUCCUGUUAUCUUCAGCAGGAACAGAGCCCUACUACACCAACACUCAGUUUUGCAGAAUCUGUGCUACAGCUGUAUGCAUUAGUUUAGAUGAUUUGAUUAUUUAAAUUUGGGAGCUAACCACAUAAUACUAAAUCUCUUUUUUUUCCUUCCUAAAACAAUGUAGUGGGACCUCAUUAGUUUCCUUUUCAUUUGUUCGUGUCCGCUCCCUUCCCCACAGUACUUUCAUGGCAGGAGACAGCAAUGCACAACAGUGCAGUCUCUUAUCAGUCCUCACAACUAUAUAAAGUUGUCUACUAAAAUACUUGCUAGACACAAUCACAUAACUAUCAUCAGUGAUUCAAAUCACUAACAUUUUCAAAUAUGAACAAAGGGAAAGCUAAGUAGAAUCCAGCCCAUCAAUCACAUCACGUUUGGAUCAGAUCCCCUGUAAAAAAAAGUAAAUUUGGGGAUGACAGCCUUGGUUUUAUUUGUAAAUGUGUGUGUCCAUUUUCUACUGUUUUGCUUAAUCCAGCUAACAGUGUAUGUUAUUGAGGUUCCACCCGUUAGUAUAUUAUAAAGAAUUGUAACUAAUACUACUUACCAUUUGGGUUUUCAUCAGUAAUUAAUGUAUUGGCAAUCAACAGGUAAAGUUAGUUAUGAAACUAUUUAGUGUAGCAAAUAAAGUACUUUGGUAAGCAUCACCCAGAUAGUAUUAUUUGUAAGUGCUGUUUUCAAGCUUGUUUUAUAAAGCUAUUUUAAGGAAUGCUGUAUCAAUUUCCAUUGCAUAAAGACAUUUGCACUGGGCGUUUUCUUUUAAUAUUGCUGUACUGUAUUUUUGCUUCGUUCCUCUGACUACAUAAAAGCCACUCUCAAGUUUG